GAGUUGUGACUUGAAAUGGCGGAAUAAUCAGUGAAGAGUCUUGCUUCGUGCUCUUACGGGGAGAACAUAGUUCUGAAACGCAAGUUAUUGCACCUUUUCUGUACAUGAAGCUCAUUUACUUAGGAUCAAUAACAAUAAAUCGCCAGCAAAUCUGAUUUUUGUUGUUGUUGUUGCUAUUGUUUGGUUGACGAGAUGUCAUGAAGCAAGCGGUCUUUCCCUGCCACAUAAGUGAGGAGUGUCGGCAACGUCUCAUCUCAUUCCUCAUUAUCCAAAUCAUCAUCGGUAUCGUAUGCGGCACCUUAGUCAUCGGCGUCGGCUUUUACAUACGAAGUCAUAUCCGAGCCAAAGUCAAUCUCAUCGAAGGUUAUGACUUCGAACAGCUACCGAUCACCCUCAUGGUCGUCGGUGGCAUCGCCGUGCUCAUGAACCCGGUCGUUGCCAAGAUUGGCCACGAGGCGUCAUUCUCAUGGAAGAGGGAAAAGCUCCGAAGUGCAUUGCUUGCUAUGGUGGUCAUCCUCUGUAUCGUCGACCUUGGAUUACUUAUAGGAGGAUCAAUGACCUUCAUCCACGGUCAUUCGUUGAAGAAAUCAUUUCACAAUGGUCUCACUAGCGCCAUGAAAAGAUACAAGGACGAUAUUGAAAUCAAGGAGGAAAUCGAUUCUCUCCAAUUGGAUUUUGGAUGUUGUGGAAACGAAGAUUAUGAAGAUUGGUUUAGAAUACAGUGGAUUAAUGAUGAUUAUAUCGAAGGCUCAAAGAGACCUGCUCGAGAUUCCCAUCAUGAUGAUGAACACGAUGAUGACGGAGGAACCGAAUCUACAGAAUUCCUCAACGAUGAUACGCCUUUCUCCUGCUGCCAUCCGCGCUCUAUUCGACCGUGUAUUCACCACAACGUACUCGACAACGAUGCCCACUACCUCUACAACUUCGAUCUUAGUUUUACCAUUCAUAAGACUGGCUGUAAACAUCGGCUCAUGGAGUACUUCAACAGAAAACUCAAUAUAAUCGGUGGCUGUGUGAUGGGUCUUUGUGGACUACAGUUGAGCAUCCUCCUGACGGCCCAAUACUUGAAUUCAUCAAUCUGCAAUGCUCUGGAUCGUGGCAAUCCCGAGAGAACUGCCAAGGGAUGGAUCUUUGAAGAAUUCCCUCUUGUCACGUUGUUCAAGGCAAUCACGGCAAUGAUCCUUGGAGCCGUGAUAUAAAACUUAGGAGUUAACAUAAUGGUAAUUUGGGAAAAUCAUCAAGAUUGUAGUUGUGCACCCAUCCCUUGAGAUGGUGAGCCCCACAGGCGAUUUCGUGACAUUUGCUCCGACGACAAUAAAUAGCUCUGAUGAAAAAUCUGCACAUCAAGCCACACGUGAAACCAAACCUCCAAAACUAAAUAAACCCCGAUCCUUAUCUCUACAUUAUCCUGAACCGAAAGCUCUAAUAUAAUCAUAACUCUAACCCCAGGCCCUCUAAGACAUCAAGACCGUAGCAAAUGUCGCAGGAGCAUCUGUCGUAUCACCCCAGAGGUUGGCAGUGGGCUCUGAAGAUAUUCUCCCUUUCAAGAGCAUGGUAACUUUGUUCUUGAAUGAGGAUAGGAUAAGAUCAUAGAGAUAUAUAUGCACAGAGAUGAGCAUGUGAUGGGAGUAUGGGUGAAGGCCAAAUUAAAUAGGAUCAAACUUUCGCCCGUAAGUUCUAUAUGUUUUUUUAUUGAUCUUGAAAAAAAUGCGGUCCAUGCUGAUUACUAAAGUGCAAGUAACUUUAUUACGUCACUAUGGUAUGAAUUAAACAUUAACUUCAAAU